AUGGCUAUCUUCUCCACAGCACAACCUCUCUCUCUGCCACGUCACCCAACCUUCUCCGGUCCAAAUCAACCAACAACCAAUAACGAACGCUCCCGCCAUACUAUAUCUCUGAUCGACCGAUGUUCAAAUCUUCGACAGCUGAAGCAAACCCAUGCUCACAUGAUCCGUACCGGUACGUUUUCUGAUCCUUACUCAGCUAGCAAGCUCUUCGCAAUCGCUGCGCUCUCUUCCUUCGCCAGCCUCGAGUAUGCACGCAAGGUGUUUGACGAAAUUCCUCAACCAAAUUCUUUUACUUGGAACACCCUCAUACGUGCUUACGCUUCUGGACCUGACCCUGUUCGUAGCAUCUGGAUUUUCUUGGAUAUGGUUUCGGAGAGCCAGUGUUACCCGAAUAAGUAUACUUUCCCUUUCCUUGUCAAGGCUGCUGCAGAAGUUUCAUCUUUGUCUUUGGGUCAAUCUCUUCAUGGGAUGGCUAUUAAGUCAGCUGUUGGAUGUGAUCUUUUCGUUGCUAAUUCUUUGAUACAUUGUUAUUUCUCCUGCGGGGAUUUAGAUUCGGCUUGUAAAGUGUUUACUACAAUCAAAGAAAAAGACGUUGUUUCUUGGAAUUCAAUGAUUAAUGGGUUUGUACAAAAGGGUUCUCCAGAUAAGGCUUUGGAGCUUUUUAAAAAGAUGGAGUCAGAGGACGUUAAGGCAAGUCAUGUGACAAUGGUUGGUGUCUUGUCUGCUUGUACAAAGUUACGGAAUCUAGAGUUUGGGAGGCAGGUUUGUUCUUUUAUCGAAGAAAACAGGGUCAACGUGAACAUGACAUUGGCUAAUGCGAUGCUUGAUAUGUACACUAAGUGUGGAAGCAUAGAGGAAGCAAAAAGAUUGUUUGAUACAAUGGAGGAGAAAGAUAACGUUACAUUUACAACAAUGCUUGAUGGGUAUGCUAUUUCAGAAGACUACGAAGCAGCUAGAGAGGUUCUUAACUCUAUGCCUAAGAAAGACAUUGUUGCGUGGAAUGCUCUUAUAUCCGCAUAUGAGCAGAAUGGUAAACCUAAUGAGGCACUGCUAGUGUUCCAUGAGCUGCAACUUCAGAAGAACAUAAAGCUGAACCAGAUCACCUUGGUAAGUACUUUAUCAGCUUGUGCCCAGGUAGGGGCACUGGAGUUAGGUAGAUGGAUCCAUAGCUACAUCAAAAAGCAUGGCAUUAGGAUGAAUUUUUAUAUUACAAGCGCAUUGAUUCAUAUGUAUUCGAAAUGCGGAGAUCUUGAAAAGGCCCGUGAAGUGUUUAAUUGUGUAGAGAAGAGAGAUGUGUUUGUGUGGAGUGCGAUGAUUGGUGGCCUGGCAAUGCACGGAUGUGGAAAUGAAGCUGUUGAUAUGUUUUAUAAAAUGCAAGAGGAGAAUGUAAAGCCAAAUGGUGUGACCUUCACCAAUUUAUUCUGUGCUUGUAGUCAUACCGGUUUGGUGGAUGAAGCUGAGUCUUUAUUCCACAAAAUGGGAUCGAGUUAUGGUAUUGUCCCUGAGGAAAAGCAUUAUGCUUGCAUAGUUGAUGUUCUCGGCCGUUCGGGUUAUCUGGAAAAAGCUGUGAAGUUCAUUGAGGCGAUGCCGAUUCCUCCAAGUACGUCGGUUUGGGGAGCGCUUCUAGGAGCUUGUAAGAUCCAUGCCAAUCUCAGUCUUGCUGAAAUGGCUUGUACCCGUUUGCUUGAACUGGAACCUAGGAACGAUGGCGCGCACGUGCUCCUUUCAAACAUAUAUGCUAAAUCUGGGAAGUGGGAAAACGUUUCUGAGCUGAGAAAGCACAUGAGAGUCACUGGACUGAAGAAAGAACCAGGAUGCAGCUCAAUUGAAAUCGAUGGCAUGAUUCAUGAGUUUCUCUCUGGAGAUAACGCCCACCCGAUGUCUGAGAAGGUUUACGGGAAGUUACACGAGGUUAUGGAGAAAUUGAAAUCGAAUGGUUACGAGCCAGAGAUGUCACAGGUUCUGCAGAUCAUUGAGGAUGAAGAAAUGAAGGAACAAUCUCUGAACCUCCACAGCGAGAAGCUGGCGAUUUGUUAUGGACUGAUAUCAACAGAGGCUCCGAAGACGAUCCGAGUAAUCAAGAAUCUGAGGGUGUGUGGAGAUUGUCAUUCAGUUGCUAAACUAAUAUCUCAGCUCUACGAUAGAGAAAUAAUCGUCAGAGACCGGUAUCGGUUUCACCAUUUCAGAAAUGGGCAGUGUUCCUGUAACGAUUUCUGGUGAAAUUUCAAAUUUUGUGUUUGUUCCUGUAACUUUUUGUGACUUGAGUGCACAGUUUUUUGUAAUCACUAUCAAAAUAACCAUAGCCACCGGUUAAACGAACUGGUUCUGUUUUGCCCC